CCACUCAGUUUCACGAGUCUUUAAACACACUCGUCUGCAGUGUGAAAGGUCAUAGGUCGAAGAGAGGUCGUGUUUGGCUUUAUUUUCAUUUCGUAAACAAUGGCCUCCAUGCGUUGGUUAACGUGUAGGCGGCUUGUUUCUCCGUUGUCUCAGAUUUUGCGGCGGUCGGUACCGGCUCCAGCACGCUCCGUUCACCGGGCGCCAGUGCGCCGCUCGGCCGAGAAAAACCCGCUGAGCCGAGCACGAGUACCGGAGCAACACUACAUCACUGAGCUGGAUAAAGCAGAUGCGCUGAUGCUGCGGAAGUCUCAUGAAACAGGAUUUUUAUCAUGGUUUCGAAACGGUUUGUUGUCGACAGGGAUUGGAGUUAUAGCUUUUGUACAGAGUGAUGUGGGCAGAGAGGCUGGAUAUGCGUUCUUCAUCCUGGGCGGAGUGUGCGUGUCAUUCGGUGGUGCGUCAUACGUGGGCAGUCUUCUGUCUUUACGGAGGAUAAUGCUUCUUUCUUUACCUGCCGUGCUGGUCCACACAGGUGUGGUGUCCAGCGUGGCCCUUCUCUGGCUGUGUGCGGUAUCGCUCUAUAUUGGCCGACUGGAGGUGGAGAUUAUCCACGAUGAGGAUGAGGACGAGCACGAGCAUGGGAGAAAUGAAGGGGGAGAGUGUGACAACUGCAGGGCCAGACGUGAAAGACGCGGUCCUGAAGAAAAAGGCCAAGAGAAGUGAAAAAGAGGAGAACAUUUUACACUGACCUACGACCAGAACUUUAUUUUCACAGUCUGUUAAAACUGCUUUAUUCGGGCCUCAGGUCAGCGUAGAGCAGCGGCUUCUACCAACAAUACUGUAUUUACUUGCAGUACUGUUAAUACUUGAUUUGAGGAACUUGUGGUGUCUGUUAUUCAACAUGAGCUCUUAAACACGGGCUGUCCCAUUGGUUUUUUUUACGGGUCAGUGCCAUACAUGUAUAUUUUUGUUGUUAUAUUCUCUGGUUGUGGGAUAUGAGUGCUGAAAUAUGAAAGUGAGAGUUAAUUUGUAAGCUAUAGCUGAGUGCUUGUUUCGACAAUCAGGUGUUUAUUUGUCAGACUGUUUUAAAGUGACAUGUUUCACAAAUAAACAGUUUCUUAAAGUUC